AUGGCGGAGUGCGAUAUCCCCCAACUACCCCGUCGUUCCUCUUCUCGGACCUCCUCCUCUUCCCGGCGCAGUCAGAAGGCUAGGACCGUCCGUGCCCGCUCGCAAAAACGUCAUUCGGCCUCCUCCAAUGCCACCACCACCGAUCUCACCUCCUUCCCCUCGCUUUCUCCGGACCGUGCCCCCGACGGGUUCAUAGGCCAACCGGCGUUGAACCGUGCGUUAACAAAUGCCUUAUUAGAAGGCGAAAGUGGUGAUAGUAUGGGCGAUGUCAGUAAAGAUCGGAGGGCUACUCUUGCUAAGCUGACGGGGACCUCUACGCCGAGCCCUGGCCGUGCGGCUUUGUUUGGAGACUCGGUGCCGAUCCGUGAUUUUCCAGGAGCUUUGCACCUGGCUGAUGACACUCAUAUCGAGCGUCUGGUUGCGAGCACUGGUGCAGUCAAACUCGUACGACAGUUUGCCCGGGAUUUGGCACAGCGUGAUGCGGAGAUCUCGGCGCUGCGGCAGCGUGCUGACGCGAGGGAGAGAGAGCUGAAGAGGAUGCUUCGGGAGGUUUCUGUCUCGAACCAGGACAUCGAGCGUCGAUUGUACCAGCUGGAGAAUGCGCCACUUAGCGAUGAACCAAGUCAGGAUACUGGGGGUAAUGCAGAGCAACCAGGGAGUUCCUCCUCCAGUGUGCACGGACUGAUGCAGCAGGCAAUGAUUGACGGGAUCGGAUCUCGUUCUCAUGAGGAUGGGGCAGAGACGGCUAAUCAUGUCCAAGCUACUGUUCGAGGCCCACAGCGUCUCGAUAGUGAUGCGCGCUCUGGCACUUCUAGCGUUGAUUCGGGAACGAAUCGGAAGAGGCAUAGCUCUAUCCGAAGCUGGCAGGAUUUCAUCUUCGGUAACGCUACGGGUAGCCGGAAAACGAGCCGGGCGAGCAGCGUCAUGGGCGAAGUCGAAGAACAAGAAGAAACCCAGCGUCAGCGGAAUCUUGGCAAUCCUUCCAGUCGCCGCAAGGCGCUGGACGAUCAACUAUUCCUACCCCCCGAAGCACAGAAUGGCCCUGGUGCGAGUGAGAUCGCCGGGAAACGUCUCGGUGCAUCCGCCGGCGGUGAUGAUGCCAGCACUCAUUCACGCAAAUCGUCCAAGUCGCUAUCCUCGUGGACAGUCAAGUUGUUUGCGGGGAACGCGCAGUCGAACAAGGACGAAACCAGCGGUGACGACACACGCGGCAGGGCAUCUUCUGCUAAUAGGAGCACCAGCAAAGGUGUUUCACCCGCGCUUCCCCCAAAUGCAAGAGGGGCCGUUUCGGCCGUGGCGGCUUUGACGCGAAUCAAUAGCAAUACCAGCAUCCACAGUGCUUCAGGGCGGAUAAAUGGACCCAGCGGCAUAGCCAAGUCCGGCCAGAUCAGCCGGAGGCAAGCAUCUGCGAGUGUCUCGCAAGGGGCGAACUCGGAGUCUACGGUCAAAAACGCGACCAAUCUCGGGCCUGUUGAAAUGGAUGCUAUUCUGCCUCUCGAAUCGAGGCCCCCUACUCUUCUAAACAUGUACAACAACUACCAACCGGGCGAGCUGCUGACCGAUAGGUUUGGGUUUAUCUACGACCAGCGUCGAAAGAGGAGGCAGAGGGAAGCGAACGCUUUCAAGACCCCCGGAGGCAGCAACCGAGUCAGCAUUGCCGAGACUCUUAGUAGCUUACGAAGUGAAACCUCCGAUGGAGACGAUGCCUCUGACUCCCAGAGGCAGCUGCAGCCUGCCGCCGACUCUCAGCCUUCUCCUGCAUCGGCGUCUCCUGAGAACCUGGAAGCUGGUACAGUCGCACUUCGGGGAUGGCAAGAUUAUUUGAGGGUCCCCACUGGACCGACUGAGUUGCUGUCGCACACGCCCUCGGCUGGUCCAAUUGUGGCCCUCACCACUGCCGGCGAUAACUCACCUCGCAAUUCUGCCGUGGCUGUUGACAAGCGUGGCUCGGUCUCCGUCAAUCCAAAUGCUCAACCAUCGGCGUCCACAUCGACUGUAGUUGCAGAUCGACCGGAGUUUUCCGGAAUAUCUUCCGAUGAGCCUGCCAUCUUCAGCCUGUCCGCCAACGAAAACGAGCCCGUUAAACUGCUACUCGAGCAAUUGACCGAGUUACACGACUUUCUACAACGGGAACGGACCGUACGAUGGAACGAAUUCCUGCGCAAGGUGCGUGCAGAACGCAGGAAAGACGGCGAAGCCGCCGCAGCAGCAGCCGCCGCCUCGGAUCGUCCGCUGCAGUCCGUGGAUAUGCCCGAGGCCUCGUUGGCUGAUGGCGAAGUGGUGGGGAUCUCGGGUCUAGGCAACAAAGGCAAGGUGGGCCGUGCCAAAUGGCGAGAGUUUCGAUCUCUCGUGCUCGGGGGAAUCCCCGUCGCCCUUCGGGCCAAGGUCUGGUCCGAAUGCAGUGGCGCCUCUUCGAUGCGGGUGCCCGGCUACUACGAGGACCUGGUGAAAGGCACCGGCGGCUGUGAGCCCGACCCGUCGGUGGUGGCACAAAUCGACAUGGAUAUCAACCGCACUCUCACCGACAACGUCUUCUUCCGCCGAGGCCCAGGUGUGGCCAAGCUCAAGGAGGUUUUACUUGCCUACUCCCGUCGCAACCCGGAGGUGGGCUACUGCCAGGGGAUGAACCUCAUUGCUGCGUCCCUACUCCUCAUCACGCCGACCGCCGAAGAUGCCUUCUGGCUUCUCACAUCCAUGAUCGAGGUCAUCCUGCCCGAGCAUUAUUACGACCAUGGCUUGCUUGCCUCCCGUGCCGACCAGGUGGUCCUGCGCCAGUACAUCGCCCAAGUCCUGCCCAAGCUAUCCGCCCACCUCGAGAGCCUCGGCGUUGAACUCGAGGCUCUGACCUUCCAAUGGUUCCUCUCCGUCUUUACCGACUGCCUCUCGGCGGAAGCCCUGUACCGCGUCUGGGACGUCGUCCUCUGUUUGAACGUAACCAGCGCCGGGAACAACACCCCUGGCACCAGCACGGUGAAUGGGGCCUCGUCUACCACCGAACCCAAUGACGCGGACCCCAGCGUCAGCGGCAAUGGCGGUGGCAGCACCUUCCUCUUCCAGGUGGCUCUUGCUCUUCUCAAGCUCAACGAACAACAGCUGCUCACCACGUGCACCUCCCCAGCCGAACUCUACACCUACAUCAACCACCAAAUGACCAACCACGCCAUCAGCAUCGACGGCCUCAUCCAGGCCAGCGAAGCCCUCCGGAACGUCAUUCGGCGCGAAGAUGUGGUCGCCCGUCGAGCCGAAGCCCUCCGCGAGAUGCAGGAGUUCACCCGCGGCCGUCCCACUUCAUCCGGAGACUUUUAG